UCAAGAUUCCUUUGCUACGUGGGGAAAAACCCGGAAUUUUCAGGGCAGUUUCUCUCAUUGAAGUAAAGCAGACCAAACAGAUACGACACAGAAAUCUUCAUUGUUCUCCCUACCGAAAAACUCAGAAGAAGGAAGGGAGAGUUUUAACUGGUGUUCUAUUCUCGGGUCAGAACGGGAAGCAGCAGUGCACAUUUUUUCUUGUGAUGGGGAGAGAAGUUAAAACAUGACUGCUCGUACCUACCAAAACCUCUUUCUGAUGUCUGUCCCUUUAAGUGCCCAUCUGUUCUCAAGUGCCUGCUACCACCAUCCCUUCUGCCAUGUGGUUAGAGACACGCUGGAAGAACAUCCGCCAAACCUUGCUGCUUCUGUUCACUGCUGCUCUUCUCAUCGGGGUCACCAUGCUGGCCAUUUCCUCUAACAUCAACCCCGUAGGCUAUUUCUUCCUCGGGGUAGGGGGAGUGUGCCUGGUCGGCUAUUUGCUGAGUAUGUUUGUCGAGUGUUACCUGAGGAAUCAACACCAGCAUGACGCAAAUGAAAUACCUCCAAACAGGCAAAGCCAAGCAGGGGUGAACGCUGCCUACGAAGCGCCCACCUACGAGGAGGUGAUGACCAUGUCAGCUCCAGCAAUAUGGACAAUUACAUCGAACCCAGGCUCCGUGCCCUUGCCGCUGAGUGAGCCGCCCCCAUACAAUGUAGUUAUUGAAUCCUCUGCCCAACAGGAGAUGAUGGAGGAGGCUCUCCAGGGGCCACUGCCACCAGACACAAUGCACAUUCCUGAGACAGACACAGGCUCCAGGAUGCAGCUGCAGCUGGUGCUGCCUCCAAGACUGCAGCGGUUUGUUUCGGACAUCCAUGAGGAGAAAGAUAUUGAAGACAGGUUCGAACCAGUGGAGCCACUCACUCCACCACCUGCUUAUGAGAUUGCCAUCAGUGAUGAGGUCUUUGAAGAUGCUCACCAGCCCUCUGCAUUAGGAUUGAUUUCACCUUCUAUGCAUACAGAACCAAACCCUCACUCCAAUACAGGAUGCUCCUAGAGGGCAGGUAAAUGGCUGAGAUUGCUUUGCCUGAAAAUGCAAAUGUUUGUUUCACCAUUCUUUGAACCAGAGUUGAACUACAGACCCAGCUUCUGAUGUUACUAGAAUCUUUUUGCACGAAAUAUAAAUCAAUGCAAUACCACACUGCUUUGUCCUGGCAGAUACCUAAAACCUCUGUAAGGAAAGUUGUGUUAUAUAUGGCAGCAUUCUCAAACUGGAGAUGCACUUUUAUGGGAGAGGAGAAGUAAAUCAUGAGAAGAGAAAAGGUUGCCAAAAGACCUCUGAAGAAGGACUGUAGGAUGCAGCCAGAAGAAUCUGCCUGAAAAAGGCGAGGAAUAGAAACAACGCUAAGCAGGAUCUGCCUGUGCAUUGCAAACAGCAAUAUUGCUGAGUGCUGUGUGGUCAUCAGCCACCCUGAAAUCCCUACAGAGAGAACAAGCCUGCAGUCCUCGAGUUGCUGUUUUGCAGCAACACAAAUUUAUGGUCUAAGCUGUUUGUUACUGUCCCUCUGCCACACCUGCUCCACAUCCUCAACUGUGCUACAUGGGACUGUAACUGAGGGGAGAGUGGCUGACUGCAUCUGGAAGCUGGUACCACUUGAUACCUGUCACUUAGGGUUGAAAGGUUGAUAGUAUGCAUUAAAUGACUUUGGUUGUUCACGAAGAUCUCAUCCCACACAGCCAGUGGUGGACAAGAGGGAGAUAAGCUUUCCCCCUGCAAGAGAGGCCAGCAAUGGGAUACAUACACAUGUAAGCAUUCUCUGCCUGGACCACUAGCCUUCAUGGCUCUACAGCAGGGUGUAUGUCUCUGCUGUACUACAGAUGUACUCUAACACGAGACACUUUAUUGUCAUCAUGGCAAGCACUUGCACAGAAAGGCCAAAGCUCCUCCAGUUCUCUGUGGGCUCUGGAAAGGUCCAGUGUGUCUGCCGAGGUCACAGCUGCAGCACAGAGCACCUGAGGACAACAGUCCCAAGGCACAUUUGGCCUUCAUCAUGACGGUUCUAGGCUGUAGGCAGGUUCUAGCAGUCACUGAUCAGUGAUGCUGUGCCUUUUUAAAGGGUGAGCUAAACCGAUCAGCUCUGCAGUGUCAAAGUGGUCUCCAGCAUGAAAAGAGAUGCAUUUGCGUCUGGUGAAUGUCCAAAUUAAAAAAUAAAAAUGGUGGUCCGAGCCUCCUGUGAAGGAGAGCAGCAGUCAUCACAGCCUUGCUCACAUGACUGCAUCUUUAUUCAUAUGAGGAACCAUCAAACCAUAGGCUAGAGGCAAAUAAAUUAUUUCUUAUUGUUUGAUUCUUUAUAGUUCAAAGAAAAAAAAAGAUCUUUUAUGUUGUUUAUAAAUAAACAGGACUGCAUUAAAAA